UCUGAAGUUUUUUAAGAAAGGUACCAAAGAAGUCUCCCAAAUGCCAAACCCCAAUGCGUCUGCUGGUGGUGGCAGUCUUGGUGAAACUGGUGAGGUGGUUAGCCGUCCUCCUCCCAUGCUUCGAGCUAUUGAUAUUGAUUUGAUCCCUGAUGCUGGUAAGAAGAGAGUCAAUGUUCUUCCCCCUGGUGGUUCUAUUGGUGCCCGUUUGAAGAAAGCUAAGAUUGCUGCUGCUAGUGCUCAUGCCACAACUGAUGACAUUGAAGAAGGAAAUAAGAAGCCUCGUGCCUCAAACAGAAAAUCCAGGAAGUCUGCAUCUGCAAAAGACUCUCCCAGAAAAGAAUUUUAUGAAUCAAAUUGGGUGUUCAGGUCCCAAAUCCCCAAGCGUACUGCCGAUGAAAUAAGGUCAAUGGAGCCCUUGGAGUUUUUGGCCUUAUAUGAUGAUGAUUGUGAUGCUCACAGUACCAUGUUGACUGAGAUGCGCUUCCGGUUUGAAGGAGUUGUGAAAGCCUUAGAAGAUAGUACUCACAGGGAGUCCUUGUUGAGUAAUAAUGUUAUUGACUUGGAGAAGAAGUUAGCAGAUUAUGGUGAAGAUGCCUCUGUUGUUGAUAAGUUGAAGGAGAAGGAAACUUUGUUGAAGUCCUAAGAAUCCACCCUGUUUUCCAGGAAUGAAGAAAUUGCCAAGUUAAAGACAGAAUUGCAAUCCAAAUCCAUUGAAAGUGCAAGAGUGUUGUCCCAAUCUCAGGCUGACAAGUUGUUGAUCGAAGACCUUUCAAAGCAGUUGCAAGAAUUAAGAUUUGAUCGUAACAGGGUGAUAUCAGAGUAUGUCCCCUUUGUGUGCAGGUCUCUUGUGGCGAACCCUGAUGUUUUGAAAGCUGUUGGUGAUGGUGUUUCAGCAAACCGUUUGGAAGAAAGGUCAAGAGUGCUAGAGGAAUUCAGCCAAGAGGGUCAUGUUGACUUAUCAUCCCGCCUUGACUAUGAUAUCAAUGCCUCCCAAAAAGUCGAGGCUGCUGCAAAGGAGUGGGAAGAUGCUGAAUUUCCUGUGAUUGCUUCGUUUUCUGCUCACCUUGAUUUGUCUGUGGACCAACUUCUUGCUCUUGACUUCGGAACAAUUUAAGUAUUUGGCUAUGUAGCCCUGGUUUGUAAAACAAUAUUAUCUUCCCCAGCUCCCCAGUGUAUAUGGGUUUCAUCUUUUGGACCUGCGAGUCACUUGAACAAUUUA